CCGGCCUGCCAGGGCCCGUGACGGGAGGACCCACGCCGGCCCGGGAGGGGCCAUGGUGCUGCCUGGCCGACAUGUCAGCCGAGGUGCGGCUGCGGCGGCUCCGGCAGCUGGUGCUGGACCCCGGCUUCCUGGGGCUGGAGCCCCUGCUCGACCUGCUCCUGGGCGUCCACCAGGAGCUGGGCGCCUCGGAUCUGGCCCAGGACAAGUACGUGGCCGACUUCUUGCAGUGGGUGGACCCCAUCGCGGCGAGGCUUAAGGAGGCCCGACUGCAGAGGGAUGACUUUGAGAUUCUGAAGGUGAUCGGACGCGGGGCUUUCAGUGAGGUAGCGGUGGUGAAGAUGAAGCAGACGGGUCAGGUGUACGCCAUGAAGAUCAUGAAUAAGUGGGACAUGCUGAAGAGAGGCGAGGUGUCUUGCUUCCGGGAAGAGAGGGACGUGUUGGUGAACGGGGACCGGCGCUGGAUCACGCAGCUGCACUUCGCCUUUCAGGACGAAAAUUACCUGUACCUGGUCAUGGAGUACUGCGUGGGCGGGGACCUGCUAACGCUGCUGAGCAAGUUCGGGGAGCGGAUUCCGGCCGAGAUGGCGCGCUUCUACCUGGCGGAGAUUGUCUUGGCCAUAGACUCGGUGCACCGACUGGGCUAUGUGCACAGGGACAUCAAGCCCGACAACAUCCUGCUGGACUGCUGCGGCCACAUCCGCUUGGCGGAUUUCGGCUCCUGCCUCAAACUGCGCGCCGACGGAACGGUGCGGUCGCUGGUGGCUGUGGGCACCCCGGACUACUUGUCCCCCGAGAUCCUGCAGGCAGUGGGCGGCGGGCCCGGGACAGGCUGUUACGGGGCCGAGUGUGACUGGUGGGCCCUAGGUGUGUUCGCCUACGAAAUGUUCUACGGCCAGACGCCCUUCUAUGCCGACUCCAAGGCAGAGACCUACGGCAAAAUCGUGCACUAUAAGGAGCACCUGUCUCUACCGCUGGCCGACGCAGGGGUCCCAGAAGAGGCACGUGACCUCAUCCAGCGGCUACUGUGUCCCCCGGAGACACGGCUGGGCCGGCAAGGCGCAGAUGAUUUCCGGAAGCAUCCCUUUUUCUUUGGCCUCGACUGGGACAGUCUCCGAGACAGCGUCCCCCCCUUUACACCGGAUUUCGAAGGUGCCACGGACACAUGCAACUUUGAUUUGGUGGAGGACGGGCUCACUGCCAUGGUGAGCGGGGGCGGGGAGACACUGUCAGAUAUGCAGGAAGGCAUGCCGCUGGGGGUGCACCUGCCUUUCGUGGGCUUCUCUUACUCCUGCAUGGCCCUCUGGGAUGAUGAGCUCCCAGGCUCUGCGCCCAUGGAACUGGAGGUCCAGCCUGAGGCCGAGCCCAUGCCUGAGCCACCUGGGCAGACGCCCAGCCUGGAGCCCAUGGUGUCCCCUGUGGAGGAGCCAGUGUCCAGCGCUGCAGACGCCACAGGCAGCCCUCAGCCUGCGCCCCGAGAGCAGGCCAAAGCCGCAGUUCUGGAGACCAUUCCCAAGGCCAUUCAGGAGGCGGUUCCGGAGGUCAUCCAGGUGGCCAUCCCGGUGGUGGAGGAGGCGGAGGUGAUGCCAGGGGACCUCCAGGAGGCUCGGGAGGAGGAGGUGUCUACCCCGGCGAGCCUGAGCCAGGAGCUGGAGGCCAUCCGCAUUGCCAACCAGAACUUCGCCAGGUCUGCUGGGGCGGGCGCCUGGCCUGUCCACACCUUUCUCCCCCGUGGGGAUCCCCAGGGCUCAUGUCCUUACCUUCCGCAGUCAACUCCGCGAGGCCCAGGCAAGGAACCGGGACCUGGAGGCGCACAUCCAGCAGCUGCGGGAGCAGGUGGAGCUGCUGCAGGCCGAGGGAGCUGCAGGCGAGUCUCCUGUCCGCGUCCUCUCCCUGGGGCCUGGGCGGUGGGCUUGCGGUGUGAGGUCGCCUGGGGAGGGCCAGGGGCCCAGGCUGGGGCACGCCGCACCACCUCCGUCCCUCCACGCGCCCUACGCCUCUCUCUUCUCCUUCCAGCUGUCACGGGGGCCCCCACACCCCGGGCCACGGAUCCACCUUCCCAUGUAAGACCCCUCUUUUUCCCCUUCAUUAAGCCUGCUGCCCCCUCUGCAGAGCCUGUACAUCCCAUCUCCCCGUCCAGAUUUGGGCACACCCUGCCUCUUAGGGGUUCCACGCAGUGGCCACCCACCGCUCGGCUACUAGAUUUCCUUCAGCUGAGGCCGCUCACCGGAUCCCUUGCGGGAUCUCCCGAGAUUCUCUCCCCACCUCGACUCCCUCGCUGUCUCUCCUCCCAACCCCGGCAAGGGCUGCCGGCCCGGCUGGGCUCCGAUCGGGUCACCUGUCCCUUCUCUCUCCAGCUAGAUGGCCCCCCGGCCGUGGCUCUGGGCCAAUGCCCGCUGGUGGGGUCAGGCCCCAUGCACCGCCGCCACCUGCUGCUCCCUGCCAGGGUCCCUAAGCCUGGCCUACCGGAGGCGCGGUCCCUGCUGCUGCUCGCCGCUGCGCUGGCUGGUGCCGCCGCCGUGGGCUGCACUGGGUUGGUUGCCAGCGCCGACCAACUCGCCCCGGUCUGGCACCUCCGGGGAGCCUCCUUCGCCCCCUGAACCCUAGAACCCCAGCUCGGGUCCCGCCGGAGGGCUGGGUCAC